AUGUCUUUUGACCAUCCAUGGGCCUUCAUCUUUGGCCUCCUAGGCAACAUCCUCUCCGGCAUGGUCUACCUUUCCCCUGUGCCGACAUUCCGUAGGAUUUGCAAAAAGAAAUCAACAGAAGGAUUCCAGUCAUUUCCUUAUGUGGUAGCAUUAUUCAGUGCCAUGCAACUGAUCUACUACGCCGUUAUUAAGACUAACGCAUACCUUAUUAUCACCGUCAACACAGCUGGAUGCAUUAUUGAGUUAUCAUAUCUAACUAUUUAUCUCAUUUACGCACCAAAGAAGGCCAAGAUAAACACAAUCAAGUGGAUGCUCCUAUUGAACGUGAUAUUAUUCUCCUUAAUUCUUCUAAUCAGCCUCUUGUUCUUCAAGGGAGCUGACCGUGUAAAGGUUGUUGGCUGGUUCAACAUGUCCUUCUCAGUCAGCGUCUUUGCAGCUCCUUUGAGUAUUAUUAGGCUCGUUAUACGCACAAAAAGCGUGGAGUUUAUGCCAUUUUUCCUUUCAUUCUUCCUCACCAUGAGCGCUAUUGCUUGGUUCUUCUAUGGUCUGCUCACCAGGGACGUAUAUGUUGCGACGCCAAACAUACUGGGAUUCACGUUUGGAGUGAUUCAAAUGAUCCUUUACAUUGUAUACAAGGAUUUCAAGAAGGGCAAGCAACAGGAAAACAAACUUCCUGAGCAAGUACUUGCAGAUAUCGCAAAGAUGAGCCCCGUUGGCGUAGAUGUGAGCAAAAUGGAGGAAGAGAACGAGAAUAGAGUUGGAGGCAACAAGAGGACUGGAGAUAGUAACGCUAGCCAUGUGUGAGAUUUGCAUGAUAUAUAGAUGCGAGAGCUCAUAGUGUUGCUGAUGCACUUGGUGCAUUCUU